GACCUCCAUGAGGACUAGAGGCGCGCCCACUGGCCUUUUCGCGUCCUCCGAGCGGCCGGCUCAGCCCCCUCGCCCGCCUUCCAAGGGGCCCUGUUGAAGGUGGGUGGGGGGUUCCGAGCCACGCUCGCCCUUUGGGCUGCGCCUCCGGUGUGGCGCCCCGGCCGGAUUUGCGCCCCGGGGGAUGCGGAGGCGGCCCCGAGGGGCUUCUGGCGCCGGAUCCCUUGCAACGGGGCUGUUUGCGGGAUGGAGGCUUGGAAGGGCUCUUUGCGGAGGGAGCCCCGAGGACAGGCUGGUGCGGGGCGGUGAUGGUGUCCUUAGUCUCCAGCCCUUUAAUCAUCUUCUUGCUCUUCUCUGCACUUUUCCCAAAGUCUCAACAUCUUUUUUGUGGUGACCAAAAUUGGAUGCAGAAUUCCUGGCCUUGCUAAGGCUUUAUAAAGCGAACCAAAUCAGACAGUUCUAGAGGUGCAGAUGACAGACUCAAUAAUUCCUCUGUAGAACCGGAUCAGCAACUUGGCGUGGACAGCCUGGUAUGUUCAGGCUGAGCUGCGUUCACCAGUCUGCCCUUCUCCUAGAGGUGCCAUCUUUGAGUUGCUGAUGGUCAGGGAGAGGGAGGGGAGGAGUGCAUUAGAUUGGAUGGUUGGAAGAAGGAAGAGCAGGGAGGACUUGUGUAGCCCAGAGCAGCUUCUGCCACUGCCACGGACGCUUCAGUGCUGUGUGUCUGGCAUUCUAGCCUUGGAGGGAGACAGUGAAGCUGCCACUUUCUGCAGCCCCUUGGAGGUCCUCAAUUAGGCUGCCUGGCUGUCCUUAAGGUGGGCCUGGGUCUGCUGGGAGAUAGAGAGAGAGGUGCACAUGGCUGCACAGCCUCCAGGUUAAUGCUGCCACAAGCCUCUGUGGGGCAGGCAGGCUCCUCCCUGGGCUCCUCCAGCACCCUGGCUCCAGACCCCGCCCGCCUGGGCACCCUCCUCCCUAGUGGAGGGCAGGUUGGGACUCCCCCCCUCCCAGAGGAAAGGGGAAGGCACCUGCUGCUGGCCACAGCCAGAGAGGCUGUGCCAUUCCUGGGGAGCACAGAUGGCCUGUGCCAUGGGUGGGUUCACAGCCUCCCCAGGGCUGGCUUCAUGGGGCCCAGGGUUGUCUGUUGCUUCUCUUUUUAACGGGAGACCCCUUGACCAGAUCCAGGCAAGGUCCCUUCCUUGCCAAGACCCCCCCUUGCCCCCCAGUGCACAGGGGAAGGCGACUGGCAGUUGGCUGGCGGUUUAGGAGGGGAAUGGGUCCUGCUGGUGCCAUCUGGUGGCCUCUGGUGUGUGGUGCAGGGAUAGCGCUCCAGCAGCUUGGUGGGUGGGAUCAGCCCCUGCUCCUCUGAUGGAACAGGGACUUCCCUAAGAGAAACUCCUCCCUCCCCCACACUCAGUCCCUGGAGACUAGGGGUGCCCUUGAAGUUGCUCUGCUCUUUCACUUUGCAGCUCCUUGCCUCAUCCAGUGACGGCUCACCUGCCCUUGCUUGGGGGACGUUGGGGGGGGAUCCUGUUAGCAUGCCUGUCUCUGCCCAGCCCUUAGCAGGGUGCUUGAUAUGGCAGCUGGUGGGGCACUUCGGGUUCAGCAGGGGCACAGGGUGAACUGGAGCCUUCCAGAUGCUGCUGGUUGCCCUUUAGGGGGAGGGGGAUUCUGGUUUGUGGGGUUUCCUGUGUCUUUCUCCUCACCAUGUCUUUCUCACCACCCUAUUUUUGCCUCCUUACAGGACUGAGAGAGGUACAGGCAUGCCUUUCAAUGAGCCCUUUAGCCCCCCUUCCUGGCCUGCACAUCACAAGAGGAGCCCAUUGGCCAGGCCAGGUUCUAAGUGGGGGGGUCACGUGGGGCAGCCUGAGAAGAUAGAAAGGGACACCCAUAAUGGCCCCCCCAAUCCCAGCUGCCCAGUGAGUGAAGGAGAAAAGGACUCUGGAUUUUCAGACGGCAGCUCGGAGUGCCUGAGUGCUAUUGAGCAGACGGACACCGAGGACCCGGCCAGCCCGCCCUUGUCCCCGGGGCCGGCCAAGUCGCAGAAAGCAAAGAGGGGGCUCCUGGGUGGCACCUUUCCUGGUGGGCUCACACCUCUUUACCUCAUCAAGAACGUGAUCCUCAAACAGACCCUGGGAGUGCCCCCCAUGACCCCCUUCCUGGCCUGGAGCAAGCAGCACCCACUGGAGAGUGCCCAUAGCUCUGCAGCCCACCUCCUCCUCCUCCAGGAGCCCAUGGUGCCUCUGAAGCCCAUGCUUCCCAGCCAGAAGCCCUCUGACAAGGAGAUCUGCUUCCCCACCCACAGCGCUUACCCUAGAAUUGCUACUCACCUGGGCUGGCAGGGCAAGGAAGCACCCAGCCCAGUGGCAGAGCCCAGCAGGCACAAGCAUUUCUACAUGGGGGAAGCCUGGGCAUCUCCAGAAGCCCCCACCGCAAAGGACAGCCGCGAGAAACCAGCAGAAGAGUUGCCUGCUGGCCCACAGACUUCUGUCCUAGUGUGCCCAGAGGCACCUGCUCAGCCUACCCUGUCCUGCGCUGGGUUACCCCCUGCUGGGGACAGGACAACUGUCAAGGGUGCCAGGAGACUGGGGGGACACAGCCUGGUGAGACAGCGCCGCCUGCAGAGCACGGUGGAGAUCCUGCGCAGGUCAGGGCUGCUGGGCAUCACGCUACGGACCAAGGAGCUGCUCCGGCAGAACAGCAGAACCCAGCAGGAGCUGGCCCAGCUGCGGGAAGAGGCCCAGCUGCUGUGCGAGGCCAUCCGGAGCAGUGACUCCCGGGCGUGGGCUCGCCUCCAGGAUGCCAUCGGCUGCUCGGCAGCCCCCUGCCCUUCCAGCAAGGGGGGUGGCGCUCAAAUCCACAUUUAGCCGCUCAUCCCACAGGCCCUCUCCUUCCCAGCCCUGGGGAGCUCCUGUCCAGCUCUGGGAUGGCCCUUGGCCCAGAAACCACCUUGGCUGUGGCUCUGCCUUAGCUGCCCCCCAAGCUCACGUUGUGCCCUGGGCAAAGGGGCACCGUCUCUUUCGCCAAAGGAGCUGCCAGCUGCCAACAGGUCCUGCUGGCAAAGGCGUUUCUUUUCCCGGUGUGGUAUUUGGUCUCAAGGUGGGCUGGUUUCUCCUGAGCUCCCAGGAUGGGGCUUAGCAGGCCCAGGAUCAGAGCCCAGUGAGACGGAGAGGAAGGAAGGCAUUUGGGAGGCACCCGUCGUGUUGGGCAUUGUUUGCAUCAGCCGUGAGCCUCUGUCUCCAGAGUUUGGGCAGUCAGAAGUGGGGGACCCACCCAAAGAAGUGGCAAUCCGGACAUCACCCCCCCGUCCCUUGGCUAGCAGCUGCGCUGGCCUGUUCAUCGGGGCAACUGUGCCCUGAAGGAGCGGGUUCUCUGCUGAACAACACUGGGGCACUUUGGGGCUGCACAAAAGUAAGCUUUCCCCUGAAGCCUGCCCUGCUGUUACCAGAAGAGGCGUUAAUAAAGCAAAAAUCUGGGUGUGA